UUGAAGUGCGUCGGACCGGGCGCAAUAAGUCUUUCCCCCGACCUAGGAAGAGGAUCGGAAAAUCAGUGCGUUCUGUUCUUCACGACAUUUCUUUUCUCUUUGCAAGUUAAAUUAUGGAUUUUGAUAUGGUGUGUAAUUCCAAGAAGUGCCGCAAAAGACUGUCAGGUUUUGCAUGGGUUACAUCAUGUUCUCAUAUAUUUUGUGAUGAAGAUGGGGCAAGAGAAUUCAAUAAAUCCUAUUCCUGUCCUGCUUGUGAAUCAAACUUGUCAAGUAAAUUAGACAUCAUCCGCAUUGACUUGUCACCAAGCGAGCAGUACAAGUCCAUGGUACUUGCAGGUCAAAGGCCAGAAGUCGUCUUAGAAGUUUCUGCAAGGGCUAUCGCUUUCUGGACAUAUCAGGUUCAUCAGGAGAGAGUAUUUCAGGAGUACACAAUUAACAAGACUAAGGACAGACAAAAUCAGAUGGAAAAGUACUAUGAACAGGUGAUAUCCAGGACACAAAGUGACUUAGAAUUGCUCAAAAGCGAGAUUUCUACAACUAGGAAAGAACUUGAGAAUAGUGAAAAGCGUUUGAAUGAAGUAUCUGGAAAAUUGCUGGAAAGAAACAGGCAGUACCAGAAAUUACAGAGUAUGUACGAUUCACUUAGACGACGAAGCUUAUCGGUGAAUAACCUUGCAUCAUCAGUGCAGUCUAACUUCUCCGCUCAUACAUUUCCCGCAAGAGACCAAGAACUAACGAAUUUCAAAGGAACAGAUGGGCGGUCUGAUGCAAGACUAUCACCAGCCCAGCGUAAGUACAGUACCAGGUUUCUUGGUGUCAUGUGGCACAGCAGUUAAAGCUUCGACUCCAACGACCUCUCUUUAAUGGGUACAGGUACCUGGUAAGAGGCAGUUCAGCAUGGAAUUGGUAGUGCUGAAUUACAGUAUAUUCUCGCGUAUACUACUACCCCUGUUUCACUCAGAAUAACUAGUAACAGAUAACAGAUGAUCUGCACAAACAUAAUUUAAAAAUUAAAAAAUGAUGUGUUGCAGAUACAAAACCACCCUGUUUUUGAUCUAAUUUGCUAUUUUUAACCUCAUAACAGCGCGAAUGUACAGCAAAGGCAGUUGCAUGUUGUAAUUGAAUCCAUAUCCAAUGAUUAGGGGGAAAACGCAAAUGUCGGUAUUAAUUUCUGUAUGUGGAAUUAAUAACCAAGUCGUCUUCAGAAUUACAGGUGUUUUUGGCAUUAGUUUUAAUCCGUUUAUGGACAUCACCCAUCAUAAUAUGCAUUUUGGCUGGUAAAAUGUAUAGUAACUGAUGCUAUAGGUAAAAUUUGGGUAUGCAUAAUUUUGGUCUAAUUAAUAGGCACUACCUCGUGCUAAUUUGUUAUUACAAUUUCAGGAGAGUUUGUUCUGAAUCCAAGCAUAGGACCAUCAAGGUCUAUUCCAUCAAAUGAUAACCUAGCAGGUGUACAAGAGAGAUUCAGA